AGUAAAUAAUUAAGUAAUAAAUCUUUAUAACUCUACUUUCUAUUUCAAGUUUUGGGUUAUUUUUCAAUUCCCUGAAUUCAUACAUUAAGUUUCUUUUACUAAACUGUUUAUAUCGACCUUUAGUAACGUGAAACUAUUGUACACUCUAUAUAUUUCAUUACACGGACAACAAUUGAUGUUGUAUUACCAACGAUUCUAGUCCAAUCACUAUCUUUGUGUUUUUACUUUUACUUGCUUCAUCCCUUACAUUACUACUAUUUCAACAAGCAGGGCCGACUUAGAUAAGGGCAAGUGGUGCGAUCAUCCCGUAUCCAAUCUGUUGUUCUUCUAUUUUUUAAUAGAUGAGAGUCCAAUUUUUUUAAAACAUAUAUUUAUUUUUAUAUUAAAAAUAAAAAAAGGGCCAAUAUUUUUUAUACGAAAGUAUUUUUUUUUAAAAAAAAUUUAUUUUUAAAAAUAUUUCUAGUAUUUUGAAAAAAUAUAUCUAUCCUAUUUUUUUUUUAAAAAAAUAAUAGUUUAGAUACUAAAAUUGUUUUUUGCCCCAUAAUCCAUGAUAUUAUUGAGCCGGCCCUGUCAACAAGUAUCAAAAUGUUUCCCACUAUUCUCAAUUUCCCAUCUUGGUGAAUUAUAUGUUAGUUUAUUAUAUACCACGGCAUGUUGAGUGUUAGUUAGCAUCAAACUAUAGGAGGAUAGUUUAGUCAAAACAAACUAUAGGAGGAUAGUUGUUCAGUAUUGUAUAGAAGCAAAAAGAGAAAACAUGGCCACAAAGUCAAGUCGAUUUCACAUAUCAUUUGUUAAGUCUAUAUCCCUCUCGAUUUUUUUUGACGGCUAUCCCUCUCGAUUAUAAAAUGAUUAUAAUAAAGAAAAAGAGAGAAUAAACUGUAAAAAUAAAGAGACAGAGUGAGAAAGGAACAUAAGGGAAGGUAUGAAGUAGAAGUGAAGAUGCAUGCGAUGGUGUGUCGGAAAGGCAAAGCACAUGCUCCACAACUUGAGCUUCUCACUUGCGUCAGGGGUAAGUAUCCUCUGUACCGUCUUACUUUUCACUUAUUAUGUACCACCUCACUUCUCAGCCGCUGGAUCCCUAUUCAUUGCACAAUGUUUAUACUAUUCAUUUAUAAUAUGAAAGUGAUUUUUAUUGCUUAGAACUAAACUUAAUUGUCAAAAUAUUAUCUUUUACGUUUAUAGACAGCCGUAACAAACACUGUCCGUCAAAAUAUUUUUUUUCUUCCAUAGUUGGUAAUGUUUGCGUCACUUUCUGAAUUCCAACUAUAGUUUUUAGCUGCUUUGUAACCGUAAACUAAUGAACACAUAAUCAAAAAGUGAUUACACCAAUUAUCAUUUGCUUUUUACAUUAUAAAGAGAGUUCUUAAUUAUAAAGUUAUCAAAGUUUAAUGAUUUUUAUCUACAGUCUCUCUCAUGCACGACGUUACAUAACAAACAUAUAGAGACUAUUUCCCAUUUAUGAGGACUUUAAUCGUUUAGAACCGAUGCUGACUCGAUUAUCAGAUAUGUCAUAUGUUUUCUAUUUCCACAUGAAAAAGGAUUCUGACUCAUGCAAGCCACACAUUUAUGUGAUAAGUGAGGUUUAUCUGCUUUGAAAGUCCAUUAUUAAGGAUCUUGUUAAUUAAUGACGUCAUAGAUUUUUGUUUAACAAACAGAUAAGUUUCGAUCUGUUUACUCAUAGUAGAUCUCAGACAGGGGUUUUUAUUUUUUUUCCAUAUUAUUUAUGUGCUCAUAAUUACGUGGCUACGGAAGUCCUUUAACAUAAAAUAAUCUAAUAACAAUAAUCUUGGUGGUAUCCCUUAUAUAAUUUGCUAGACAUAAUAAAAUAUGAAGAAUAUUUACACUAAGACAAAACUACACUAACUUUAAAACGAUUUUCUUGUAGUAUAAAUAACAAUAGAACCUCUUUGGAUCCAAUGCCAACAAGGUUUAUCAAACGAGUAUUCCAAUACUAUUAUUUUCAAAAAUGUUUACUCCAUAUACAUGGACCGCAGACUUGCAAGUCUGCAACAACAACAAAAGGGAAAAUAAAAUAAUGAUUGAAAAUAAAUAUCAUCACGCAAAACCUUAAAAGUACUAUCGAUGUCGUGUCAUCCUCCUCUUCAUCUACAUCAAAUAGUUCCCACAAUUUUCACAUCAAUAGUUAUUUUACUAUUUUCCCAAUUUAUUUUUUUUUACCACUCUCUUUUCCUCUCUCCUUCGUAUAAUACUAUAUUAGUACCAUUACCCAUCUCUCUGUCACCACCAAACCUCUGCACAUCCUCUCUACUCUCUCUCACUCACAAGCAAAAAAGAUGUCAGGCAACCAUUACUCAAGAGACAUCCACCACAACACUCCCUCGGUGCACCAUCACCAAAACUACGCCGUUGUUGAUAGAGAGUAUUUAUUCGAGAAAUCACUAACCCCAAGCGACGUCGGAAAGCUAAACCGUUUAGUCAUACCGAAACAACACGCCGAGAAACACUUCCCUCUCAAUAAUGCCGGGGAUGACGUGGCGGCGGCGGAGACGACGGAGAAAGGGAUGCUUCUUACCUUCGAGGACGAGUCAGGCAAGUGUUGGAAAUUCAGAUACUCGUAUUGGAACAGUAGCCAAAGCUACGUGUUGACCAAAGGAUGGAGCAGGUACGUGAAAGACAAACACCUCCACGCAGGGGACGUUGUUUUCUUUCAGCGGCACCGUUUUGAUCUACAUAGAGUCUUCAUUGGUUGGCGAAAACGCGGCGAGGUUUCUUCCCCUACCGCCGUCUCCGUCGUGUCUCAAGAGGCACGAGUUAACACGACGGCGUACUGGAGCGGCUUGACUACACCUUACCGUCAAGUACACGCGUCAACUAGUUCUUACCCUAACAUUCACCAAGAGUAUUCACACUAUGGCGCUGUCGCUGAGAUACCGACGGUUGUUACAGGGAGCUCGAGGACGGUGAGGCUAUUUGGAGUUAAUCUCGAAUGUCACGGUGACGUUGUCGAGACACCACCGUGUCCGGACGGCUACAAUGGCCAACACUUUUACUAUUACUCAACUCCUGAUCCCAUGAAUAUCUCAUUUGCUGGAGAAGCAAUGGAACAGGUAGGAGAUGGACGACGUUGAUGAUAUUUGAAAAGAAGUGACAAUCUUUUAGAUAUUGACUUUAGAUUAUGAGUCCAUACUUGGCCCAGUUGUCAUAGAGAAACACCAAAAAGGAGGAAAAUUAAUAUCAGUAUAACUUCAUUAUUAUGUAUUUAGUUAUUUACUAUUUAACCAAUUUGAAAACAAAAAUAAAAAAGAGUAGAAUUUUCUUUUUCAACA